AUCUCCCACCACCCAUGUGCCAAGUCCAGUGAGGAGCCAGAGGGCCAGGGAGGCUGCGGACACAGUUCCUGAGGGUCACCUUUCUGGAGAAGAAGAUAGGUCAGGGCCAGGUGACCUCAGAGGAAUCUUCUGGCUCCUGUCCCAGGACCCACCCUCCUGUUGUCUCCAGCCGUUGUUGGCCGUGGGAGCUGGUAGAAGUUUCUCUGCUCCUGUGUCCUGCCCACGGAGUGGAGUUAUCAGCUCACAGCUGCCGAUUUGCCUGCUAUGGACAUUUCAUAUAAACGGCAUCACACACGUGGACUUCCGUGUCUGGCUUCUUUCACUCGCGUGUUUCCAGGGCUCAUCCACGUGGUCGCGUGGACCAGAACUUCAUUCCUUUUUAUGUGGAGCAACAUCCCAGCGUGUGGGAGGCUUUUGAGCCACGGAGGAGUCACCAUCUGACUCGGGUUUUGCAGGACCCCUCCCCAUACACCCAUGGCUGCUGUCCCUGCCUCCGGAAGUGACUCCCCUCCGCGAGGUGGAGGUGGGUCAUGUGUGUCCACCACUCUUUCAUCUCUGCCCUUCUCAUUGUCGAGUGACAGCAUGGCGUGCCACGACGCACUCCAGCCACGGCCUUGGGGCUCUCUUGGGCAUUGUUCCAGGUGCUGAGGAUAAACCCCUUAGUGGACAAAGACCAGCUUCUGUCUCUCGGGAGCUGGGGGAGAGGAAUAAGUGAGCAGACACACAAGACGAUUUCAGAACGUGCGCAUCGACCCCAGCAGCCUGUCCUUCAACAUGUGGAAGGAGAUCCCCGUGCCCUUCUACCUGUCUGUCUACUUCUUCAACGUGCUCAACCCCGACGGGGUCCUUAGGGGGCAGAAGCCGCAGGUGGAGGAGCGGGGGCCCUACGUGUACAGGGAGUUCAGGCACAAGAGCAACAUCACUUUCAAUAACAACGACACGGUGUCCUUCCUCGAGUACCGCUCCUACCAGUUCCAGCCCGCCAAGUCCCGAGGCUCUGAGAGCGACUACGUCGUCAUUCCCAACAUCAUGGUCUUGGGCGCUGCCAUGAUGGUGGAGAACAGGCCCAUGAGCCUGAAGCUGAUCAUGACCAUGGCCUUCAGCACCCUCGGCCAGCGUGCCUUCAUGAACCGCACCGUCGCCGAGAUCAUGUGGGGGUACGACGACCCCCUGGUGAACCUCAUCAAUAAGUACUUCCCAGGCAUGUUCCCCUUCAAGGGCAAGUUCGGGUUAUUUGCUGAGCUCAACAACUCCGACUCCGGGCUCUUCACCGUGUUCACGGGCGUCAAAAACUUCAGCAGGAUCCACCUCGUGGACAAGUGGAACGGGCUCAGCAAGGUGAACUUCUGGCAUUCCGACCAGUGCAACAUGAUCAACGGAACCUCCGGGCAGAUGUGGGCGCCGUUCAUGACUCCCGAGUCGCCGCUGGAGUUCUACAGCCCCGAGGCCUGCCGGUCCAUGAGGCUCAUCUACAAGGAGCCGGGGAUAUUUCAGGGCAUCCCCACCUACCGCUUUGUGGCCCCCAAAACCCUGUUUGCCAACGGGUCUGACUACCCGCCCAACGAAGGCUUCUGCCCGUGCAUGGAGUCUGGCAUCCAGAACGUGAGCACCUGCAGGUUCAGUGCCCCCUUGUUUCUCUCCCAUCCUCACUUCUACAAUGCCGACCCGGUCCUGGCAGAAGCGGUGACGGGCCUGCACCCCAACCCGGAGGAGCAUUCCUUGUUCCUGGACAUCCACCCGGUCACCGGGAUCCCCAUGAACUGCUCCGUGAAGCUGCAGCUGAACCUCUACAUCAAGGCCGUCAAGGGCAUCGGGCAAACAGGGAGCAUCGAGCCGGUGGUCCUGCCGCUGCUGUGGUUUGGAGAGAGCGGGGCCAUGGAGGGCGAGACGCUGCGCACCUUCUACACGCAGCUGGUGCUGAUGCCCAAGGUGCUGCACUACGCGCAGUACGUGCUCCUCGGCCUGGGCUGCGCGCUGCUGCUCAUCCCCGUCGUCUACCACGUCCGGAGCCAGGAACAGAUGUUUGAGCAACAUUGGCCACGAUGCACAUUUCUGCAAACUCGGUCUCAUUUGCCGCCUCAGCUUCCAUUACGAAACGGGCCUUCUACUCCCCCGGGAAAACAUCCAGCAGAUGGAUUGGAACAGCUCCACGGAAGACGCUCAGCCUUAAGCCGGUGGCCGGGCCUGGGUGGUGUCUCAGAGCUGCGCAGUCCCUCUGCUUUAGUGACCUGCCCCAUCUGUUCUUCCUGCACCGCAGGAAUUUCAGCCAUUGCAGGGGACGGGGACCCUAGCAUCUCUCGGCCUGCUGCGCGCUGUGCCCGGCCGUGUGGUCUGUCUGCCAGCGGCAGCAGCAGCUGUUGGAGGGACGGGCACGGCUUCCUUCCUGACGUCGGCCUCGGGGACUAGGCAGGGGGCGGGUUUGGGAGCUGGAGCCAUGUGCCACGUCCCUCAGGCGAGUCUCUUUGCCCCUUCCGUGCCUGUGCAACAGGAAUUUUAAUUCCUGCCCCACCUAUUUCGUGAGGGCCAUAAAGAAGGAUAUUUUACGCAUUUAGGCUGGAAAUAGUUUCGAAACUGUGACGAGUACUCUUGGAACAAGCCCUGUGACCCAGUGUGUGUCUGAGUGUUCACCAGGUCUAGUGGAGCUGAGCUGUAAUACCGCACACCACCAGGAGGUGCCGCCGUCUCACGUCAAGGGCCUUCUUGUGUGUGAGUCACUGUGUGGGUUCCUGUAGACCGUGUAAAACCGGUUUCUUCACAUGGAGGAUUACUGCAGGUCCGUGGAGGCAAGUUCAAGUGCCUGCGGAGCCGCUGUGUCCCGUCCUGUUGGCGGCGGCCCUCAGCUGUGUCAGCUACACAUUCAUGCAUUUUCUUCUCCAGGUCGACAACUACCCUGCAUUUCUAGACCCUUCUCACCGGCGCCGAGCCCCCAGCAUCCUCCAGCUGACCGUCAGACCUCCCGUCUGUGACUGUGUAGACGGCGGUUUCUGGCCCGGGCUCGGCUGACAUUGGGGCUGGGUUAUUCUUUACUGCUGUGCAUUGUAGGGUGAUGAGCAGCGUCUCUGGUCUUAACCCACUAGAUGCCGGGAGCUUCCUCCGGCUGCGACAACCCCAAAUGUCCGCAGAUGUUGCCACCUGAGGGCACAGUCACCUGGUGGAGAAGCCUGCCUUAGCGUUUUCACUCUCCCCGGCAUGUGUUUGGGGCAGUGGAGCUUUUCACAGCAAGAAUUCAGCCUGACGUGGUGGCUCACGCCU